UCAUACGCCUUACGUAACUCAGGGUAACUCUGCUAAGUUGCAAUGGAAAGUUACGACAACGCAAAGGCCCAUGCCAGGUCCAUCCUCGGCCCGACAAAAGACGCCGAAUUCUUACAAAGUUUCGUUCGAGUUGGUAUUGCUGAGGAUGAAGACGAAAUCCCGAUUCAAAAAGCCUCUAUCAGCAAGAGAGCUCCACCGUCCGCUGAUAAAGUCCGUGAACCUGAGAUGGAAGAAGAGAAACCAGCAGCUGGAGGUAGGAAAGAGUCGUUAAAACCGCGUAAACGACGGGAGCGAAAGCAGAAACGCGAGAAGAGAAAGCGUGAAGAAGAAUUAUACACGGACAAAGACCGUGCAGCCGCUGUAGUGAUGGGAUCUAAAGAUAUUAAGCAAUCUUUAAGCCUCAAAGAUAAGGCGGAGAGAAGCAGUGCCCUGCAAUUGCCAGUAGAAGCCGAUGCUGGUACACUUUUGGCGUUGGCGCAAGCUGAAAUGAUGAGGAAACGGUAUCGCACGGCGGUACUGUUCGUAAAUAAGGCAAUCGAGUUAGCCCCAGAAGAGAAAGCAGCAUACGUCGCCCGCAGCAAAUGUUACCUACUUCUCGGAGAACCUCGUUCUGCCCUCGCUGAUGCAGAAGCGGCUUUGAAGCUGGACCCGAAAGACGCGAAGGCAUUGCUUCGUAAAGCCGAAGCAUUGUACUACUGCGGCGAGUUUGAGAUGAGCCUGGUUCAUUACCAUAGAGGUCUGCGCACGCGGCCCGAUUUGAACGACUUCAGACUUGGAGUGCAGAAAGCUCAGGAGGCUAUCGAGAAUACUAUUGGUGCAGUUAAAACAGUCAAGAAAACAGGCAAACGAGCUGCUUCUAAAUCAGCUAGACCCGUGCUUGGACAACUUAUGUCGGACAAAAUUUAUCUUGAAAACCUCAUCAAGAAUCCAGACUUGGCCAUAGCAGACAAAAAGAAUGACAUAGUGGUCAAGCAAGCACAAGAAGCUAUACGCUUUUUAGAGAACAGAGAAGAAUUUUGGAGGCAACAACAAACGGCAACGGGAAAUUAAAUAGGCGUGUUAUUAAUUGUAGCUAUUAUAAAGUAACUGCACGCUAAAAAUAAACUUUUACUUACUGCCUAUAAAUUUGUUCAUUACUUGAAAACAACUUCUAACAUUUAUUCAUAAUGAACAUAAACUUUAUAUUUGUCAUAGGAAAGAUCUUUACCAACAUUCAAAUAUUUUGUCGGGUUAUUAAAAACACUUGUAAAAGCCAGACCUAAAAUACUAUCAUACCUAUUGAAAGCUCACACAAAAAAUCGUACAAACGCGGGAAACAAUCCCACAACUUUCUCUACAUAGACUGUUCAUUAUCCACUCACUACUCCAUCGGCAUUAAACACGUGUCAUCUAACCACAUAAUAUUAUCAACUAUUAUUUUAUGUUCAUAAUAAUUAUCAUGGGCAUUGCGAUCGUGAUUCAUUUUAUGAUAAAUACUUAUUGCAAAAAUUAUUUCCCAAACAUUCAGUUAUAAAACAAAACUGCGAUGAAUAAUAUGAUGUGGCCAACUAGUGUCUUUAGUGCUAUUUUAAUAUUUUGCCACAAUUUGAUUGUUCACGAAUGCACAAAGACUCCGGAACAAGCAUGUUCCGCUCUCAUGACUGAAAGCGUGAUGAAAGUGUCUUGCGCGCAGCCCUUGGAUCAAUUCAUCAACAAUAUAAAGAGUUGUAGAAAACAAUAUGCCGGAGAGUUAACGUGUGAGUUUGGAGAAUGUGUUGUUAGAAAUAAAUAUGGAAUAAACGGGAAGAGAAGGAACACAGUGAGUUUUCCCAAAGCGUAUGCGCUACUAAACAGAUUGGACAGACAACAGCCGGCCACUAGAUACAUGAAUCAGUUGAUACGGGAGUGCUGCCUUUGCGAUCAUAAUUAUUUGAACUACCCUCAAUUGGUGCCAAAUUGCCGGAGUUUACAGUAUAUGACAUGCGCCCUGUUCGGUUAUUUAAUGGGCCAGAACACUACAAGCACUUCUUAUCUGAGGAGAAAACCGGGAUGUGAUAAAACAGCGAAAGAUGUGGUGUCCUGCAGACAAGUUUUGAAUAAAUUUUGUCCAUGCCUUAAUAGACGUUAUAAUAAUUAAUCUAGACAUCUUAUCCACUUUAUUAUUGUAAGAUUAUAUUUUUUAAGUUGUAAACAUUAUUGUUAGUGUUUGCGUAAUGAAAAAUAUACUUACUAAUUUUACUAAU